AUAUUUUCAUAGUUUUCCAAAAUAUAAUAUAUCAAUUUAUUUAGCAUAUAUUCUAAUAAAAUUAUAUAUUAUCAAAUAUCAAUCAUGAAAUCAGUUCUCUCAAAAAAGACAUCUUGACCAAUUAAACUGAUUCGCUGCGACUCAUUAGUGGAUCUCGUAAUCCUUUUUCCUUUGCAAGUAUGUCAACAUAGCUUCAUUAUCAUUAUGAAUGAUGCAAAAAGGAACAAUCCACUAGAUUUGCAUAGCAAUAACGAAAAAAAUUUGGGCGAAAUGAAUCAACACACACCAUACCUUAGUAACAGAACCGAAAUGGGGACUAAAGACAUAUUUGCCCAUCGCUUAACCUUUUUUAACGAUUUCAAAAACUCGAACGAUUUAUAUGCGGCCGCCCUUAAACUAUACAACCUGAAUAAUCUCUCACAACUUAAUACGCAUCACAACACAAUGUCCCAUAGUGAUAUAAAAUCGGGAAAAGAUAUGACUAAUUGCGAAAGUGAGAAUAUCGAUGAGUCCAGAGAAAUUUCUGUGGGUGAAUCUAUUGAAAGAGCUAUUCACAAAUGCCUUGGUCAGCAAGAUACACUUGAGAGCGUUAAUCGAGGAGAAAGCCUGAAAUAUUUUAGUUCAAACAUCCAAAACAGCGAUUUGCUCGUGCAACACCAGCAACAAGAGUCUGGUAACGAGAUAUUAAAUCUCAAGAAAAAAAAGUCGAAACCUACCAUAUCUUCCGUAGGUUUUGAACAUAUUUAUAAAUAUCCGAGUAGCAAUAUUACUGUUUACCACGAUAAGAGGAUCCCUAUUACCGAUUGCAAUUAUGAUGGCCAUGAAUCUAAUGUUAAAGGUCUAACAUCUAAUGGAAAUGCAAAAACCUUAUCCACUGCCAAAGAACUAGAUGAUAAUCCUUUUUUAGAUCUUACUUAUCCCAAUUCGUUUCCAUUCUUUUGCAGAACUCCUAACAUAGUUAAUUAUAGCCCUAAUAAUCUAACUAUAGAUAACGGAACUCAUAACUUCAAUCUCUCACACAAUGAAAAAGAAAAAACAUACUAUAGUCUAGCUGACAGGAAUGACAACAUAAACUUUAUAAGUUUUUCCAACAAUCCCAAUCAAGUAUUAUCGGGAUUUAAUUAUAAAUAUAACGAGGAAUUUUCCGCCUUCGCAACUGGUUUAGGCACCUCACACUAUAACUUUAUUCCCCUUAAAAACACAUCAAAGCCUCUCAAUUUUUUCUUUCCCUCUCUACCUUUCAAUAACACGAAUAGUUUUUACAAUAUUAAUAGCCUAAAUAGUUCAGAUAUCUACAACACAACAGCCACAACUUCACAAAAUUUUAAGACUACGCUCGAUGGCUCAAAUCCCACAGACAACAAUAUAUUAUUUAAUAUUAAUUUAGAUAAUAGCACAUAUAAUAAUCCCAACAAUAAUAAUGUGGAAGAUAAAUAUUUGAUACAUAGAGAUAACAAUCGACCCAAGAUAUUUCAAAAUUAUAGCGAAUCUCAUUUAGAAGCCGUAGAUGAUCACUUCAAGGAAUCCUUAUUUAAAAUAUCCAAUAGUAACCCCACUUACACAUUUUCAAAUGACAACCCUAAAUUAAGUAUCACGUCUCAUCACGUGCGCAAUUACCAGAAUGGCAAUAAAGGCGUGAAUUCCUUUACUAAUAACGCCGAUAAAUUGCAAGAGACAUACAUGAAUUUAUUGCUGCCCAAUUUUUGUAAUGGAAAGAGCAAUUAUCUGCACGAAAAUGAUGUAAUAGAUAAUAAAUGCAAUGAAAAUGUCUCUAAAUCAAAUAAUUGCGAUAAAUUGCUGGACUCUGGGUACAUGAUGAAAUAUAUCAAUAAUUUAUUACUCUCGAACACCACCUUGAUAUGUCCUAACAAUAAUAAUGUCCCCAAUUUCAAUACUAGCCUGUUUGCCAACAACAAUUUUUCCAAAUCCGACAAUUUCAAUACGCCAUAUCUUUAUAACAAUCCCGAGAAUAAUAAAAUAAUUCACAAACUGAAUAAUUAUUCCAAUAAUCUCUCAUCUUUUAAUAAUCCAUAUAUCAGCUGUUAUAAUAACACGGACAUUGUUAAUAACAAUAUUUUCCGUAACUUUUUUGUUCACUCCAACAACAUCCCAAAUUUAAGCAUCAAUCAAAAUGAAGCCCUGCCUUUCAUGCCAUCCUCCCUUAUGGCUCCACACUUACUAACUCACAAUUUUCCGCUUUCAUUUCCUUAUCUACCCACACUCACGCCUCACCAUGUUCCACCUUUUUACAUGUUGAAUGGUAUCACGAAUCAUGCACAGAAUAAUAGACUUCAACAACCUAAAUGUAAUGGUAUUGAUAAGGAUCAAAAACAAUUUAUAAUGGAUAAUAAAAAUGAACGUAAUCAUAUAUCUAAUAAAAUAGACCAGCCAUUAAAUCUCAGUCACACUAAUUACAGUAUCGGAACUCAUCGUCUUAAUAAAACACCAUCAAAGGAAAUUCCCAAAGACGCAUCUCCUAGUAGUGCAAAAAGCCUGAUAACAACCCUGCAUAGCCCGCUUUUAAUGACGGAUGAUCUCUCGAAAAUUAACAACUCUUUCCAGAGCUUCAUAGAAAAAGCUGUUCAUUCUGCGUUUCUUUGUAACGACGAUCACGAACAUGGUUAUAAGGAUGUUAAGGAAGGCUAUAAGCUCGUUGGGAAAAAAAUUAAAAAAGAAAGUUUCAAACCUUCAACUACCAAAAUUUUGAAUGACGAUAGAAAAAACACAUAUCCAAAAUCUUAUACUCACCAAAUUUCUUAUGAUAAAAAUAGCGACCCCACUAUUUCAGAAAUACCAUGUAACAAUAGUGAGGCUAGCAAAACAAAACUUGAAAGCAUGGAAGAAACUAGCGAUCAAAAUGAUUCGCUUAUAAUUCACAAGAAGUUAAAGUUGAAACACACAUGGUUUCAUAGGUACUCCAAUCAGGCUGAAGAAGAUUUUAUUAACACUAACGCAAAUCAAACUAAAAUCUUAGAUAAAAUUGAAUUAAUAGAUGAAUAUUGUGACCGAAAUAUAGGUCACAUUCAUAAUAAAACGUAUAACGCAUCGGAAUAUAAUUUCGCGUCCCCGGAUAAAACGUGUUUAAUACCGACUUUAUAUUCUAGCACCACUCCAUUUGGAAAGGGAGAAAUUCUUAUCAAGAAUAAAACUACUAAAAACUCUAAUAAUAACAAUAAUUUAAAUAACUCCAAUGAAAAAAGAGGUCGCGGCAGGCCACGCAAGGACCUUGGCUCGAUAUCUUUCACUAAUUUUAACCCUGGUGGAUAUUUAGAUAUGACCACCUCAAAUCACGAAUACAAUAUGCAGACUUUUAAUACGCAAAUUCGUGGCGGUGAUAAUGAACUGUCAGCAAAAGUAUCUGAACUUAGAGUAAACAAGCCUCAUGGUACUUUUUCAUAUGCUAGUUCUGAUUUGAUAAGUCUUACAACUUGUAGUUAUAAAAAUGUUGAAUUAUUCCCCAACAGCUUUAAUCAAAAAAGUUUUGUCAACAAACAUAUUCAUAACGAUUCUAAUAAUUUGCUCACCAUAAAAAGUGUCAAUGAUAACACAUAUGAAACAUUUCUCCAAAAAGAAAUUUGUAACAAUAUAAUCCCCAAACUUCCUAAAUGCUGGGAAUGUAAAUUAUCGUCUUCUCAAAAACUCGAGCGCCCGAACAUUUUUUGCCGUUUUUAUGCAUUUAGAAAACUCAAAACAAACGGCAAGGGUGGCUUAAGCGUCGCUGGGUUUUCCGAAACCCACGAAGCUAACUCGGACGAUCUACGUGUGUGGUUGCCCUUCCCAUCAUCAUCUUUAAAUAUGGAUAAUGAUAAUCAUCUCAAAAACUCCGAGUCUGACGCCCUGUAUUUGUUUAAAAACGUGAUACCCCAUUUUUAUAACAUUAUCGAGGCGGAGGCGCUAGCUCUUCAAACCUUUUACGACCUAUGUACUUCGAAUCGCUGCCUAUCAAGUUGUCUUUCCAAUCAUUCUAAUGUUCUUCCAUCAACCCUUACUCCAUGUCCUGUACCCUUAUUGAACAAUCUUGUUUACGAUUUGCCGCUCAAUCCUAAAGGAUCAGGGGCCAUUAAGAGUGCGUGGAAAAACCCCGUUGAAUUUGUGAGAGAAAUGUGCGAUGUAUGCCAGACCACCUUGUUUAACAGGCAUUUAGUGUGCCCUAGGUGCGGCUUUUCGGCUUGUUUGGAUUGUUUCUUAGCCAAAAAAACUUACGAAAAUAAUCAUCGUCAAAAUUUGUCAAGUCCUAGCUCUAGUCUUACCGAUAUCAAUAAUUAUAAUAAUAUAUUUAGUGUUGAUAAUGUUACCAUUGAUUAUACUUGCUCUAUUAACGAUGAAAAUUUACUGAGGGAUGAUAAAAUACUCAACUUUGAUAAUGGGACCAGCAUUGAAAGAGAUAAAGAUAUAACGUCAAUCGAUUUUAAACCGGAUAUAAUGAGUGUUGAUAAGAUGCACGAAAUAUUUCCUUGGCCCGCAUGUACCAAUAAGCAAAGCCACGAAACUUGGAAAUUAAUGCCAACACAUAUUAUACCUAACAUAGCGUUAACCGAAAUAAUCCAAACUUGUGAAAAGCUAUCAGUCAAAUAUAAUUUAAAACGGUCACUUAGUGAUGAAAAUUGCUUUAGAAAAACUUCCAUCAAUGGUAAAAUUUCACAACCGCAAUCCAAAUUUAUUAACGGGUUUUGCAAGAAAUCAUUUUUCGAUUUUUCCAAGUUAUUUUUUCAACAAAACUUCCACAAUACCACGGAGAAAAAUGAUACCAAUAUCGAUUAUGCUAAAAAUAAUUCAACCAAUAGCAAUUCUUCACUCAGAGUUUUGGCCGAUGUAGCGUUGAAAAACACUUCUUACGAUAUUUCUGAAAAAAUACCUUCAGAUGAACAUAUUGAUUUUAGCGACUCGAAUAUUGAUAGCAAAAAGAAAAGCGCUGUAAAUUAUUUUCAACAUUUGAGCCCUAGUAAUACCUUGGAUGACGUAAUAACGGCUGUCAUCGAACACAAUAUUUCUCAUGAUCCUUUCGAAAUGCAAACUCAACACUAUAUCCUAGAACAGACUGAAGGCCAUAAAAAUAUCACGAAAUUAGAAAAGAAUAAGGAUAUUACUCAUAAUGGAUCAAAAGAAUUUUCCAUUUCCUCAAAUCUUGUAGAUGUUGGGAGUGAUAGAGAUACAGAAUUCCCUAAUUUUGUAAAAUCCUCGCAUAUAUUUUACCCUGAUGUCUCCCACUCUUGGCUUUGCCAUGGAUCCGUCCUGCACUUGAAACAUAGGCACUCCCCUAUCAACACCAAUACACGCGUCAAAACUAAAAAUAACGAGAAACACCAAAAUAGAUGCAGUGAUUAUAAUACUCUCAUAAAGCCAGCUAGAUUGAAUUUCGACAAUGACAAAAAUGAAAAGGACCAAAUUCACGAAAUAAACGAUUAUCAGUUAAUCGUUUCUUGUUUUAAUAAAAACGAUAAGAGGACUGAUCUUACUACAUCUAAAUCAACAAGGUUGAUAGACACAACUAAAUUCCGUGAAAAUAAAGAACACAACAUGGAUAGUUCAAAUAACUCUAUAAAAGGUGAAGACAAGCUUAAAAGUGAUCAUUGCAAUAGAUAUAGAUUGCUAGAGCUGUUUAGGAUAGCUUGGAAGGCCAAUAAGCCUGUAUUAGUUUCUGGUAUACACACUUCAUUAGACCCAUCCUUAUGGAAUCCUAAAUGGUUUCUUUCGGCAUUUGGUCAUUGCUACAACGAUAUCGUGGAUUGCAGAAAGAAUAGCCUUAUCAAGAAUUUGCCCGCGCGAGUCUUUUGGGAAGGAUUCAUCAAUCCGCUAAAACGCUUACCUGAUGAUGAUAUCAUGCUAAAAUUGAAGGAUUGGCCUGGGACAGAUGAUUUUGCUGAAAUCCUUCCACGCCAUUAUGCUGAUCUGACAUCUUCCCUUCCAUUACCGGAAUAUACCACUCGUGAUGCCAUUUUUAAUAUGGCUGCUUGCUUGCCCAAGGUUUUUGUCAAACCCGACUUGGGUCCUAAAAUGUACACUGCUUACGGUACAACAAAGUAUCCUAAAGAGGGCACCACCAAUCUACACAUGGAUAUUAGCGAUGCCACUAACGUCAUGGCUUACGUUGGGGUCCCAAAUGAUUCCUUAAAUAAUCAAAUUCCGGAAUCUGAAUUGAAUGACUAUUUUUUCGAUUUUUCAAAUGAAAUUUCCGAUUCCGACCCCGAUUAUGGCAGAGUUAUUGAUAAAAGGAAAAACAAAAAAUUAUUUUCCCGUUCUGUGUGGCGAGCUAUCAAAGAUGCUGGAACGGAUGAAGCGACACUUGAAAGAUUAAAAAGUGGAAAAUUUAUUCCUGGUGCUAUAUGGCAUGUUUACGAACCAAAAGAUGUCCCCAGAAUUAGAGAGUUUCUCAAAAAGUUAUCAAGAGAGAAUGGCAAUGCCGAGUUCUUGCCUCACCACGAUCCUAUACACGAUCAAGAAGCCUAUUUAAAUGAUGAAUGCAAUAAAAGGCUGAAACUUGAAUACGGAGUUCAUGGAAUGGUGUUGAUUCAGUGUUUGGGCGAUGCCAUUUUUAUUCCUGCUGGAGCCCCUCAUCAAGUUAGGAAUUUAUAUUCUUGCAUCAAAAUAGCUGAAGAUUUUGUUUCACCCGAACAUUUGACAAGCUGUUUAAAUUUAACAGAUGAGUUUAGGAAGCUUUCCGAUAACCAUUCUAAUCAUGAGGACAAAUUGCAAAUCAAAAAUAUUAUAUAUCACACUAUCAAAGAUGUUUGCUCCAUAUUGAAUCAAUAGAUAUUUUAUGAUGAAUUCUAACACUUGAUGUAUUUUGUUUCUCGUCAAAGAGAUAUGUGACCUCCUUUAAAUACAACCAGUCACAAAAUGAUAACCUUCCCUUCCUGCUAUGUAUGUUUAAAAUUGGUAUCAAUAGCUAAAUGUAAAAUCUCAACACACUUUCGUUCAAACUUAAUUUAUUUUGUAUUUAUAAAAUUUUUGCUCUUAUAUUUUGAUAUUUAUAUUAUUUUAAAAAAUAAAAGAAACGCUUAUUAGUUAAAAUUAAC